GAUAUGAUCAUAAUAAAAAAAAAAUGAAGAGAUCAAAAUGCAGGAAGGGACUUGGGAUGCAUCUUUUUACCUUUUUACCAUCUUCAAUGAGGACAUGAUUAUCGCAAAGGCUGAGAUAAAGUUCCUUCAAGGAAGAAACGGGCGGCAAUGCGGGAACCAAAUUCGGAUAGUCAUCAGCCAAACCUCGUCGGAACUGGCCACAGAGUUGAAGAAGGUCGAAACUAACGACAAUCUACAGGCAUCGCGAGGACUGGUUAAGGAGAUAAGGGCGAAGCAAGAAUCGGGAAGUGAGAAAAAAUCCAGCAUUCUUGUAUCGCUUCCUUGACCGCUUGGAUAUGUACUCAUCAUUACCGGGCUGAAGUGUGGUAUCUGAAUGUUAGGAGGAGAUCAGAGUUUCACAAGGUUUGGUUGACUAAAGAGUAAAGUCAGUU